UCUGACGCUCCAAAUCGAACCCAACCCAUUUACCCCGAAUCUCACCCUCCACCCCCAACUCCGGCGACCACCUCGCCGCCAUGGCCGCCCGCCGGAGCCCCGCCGCGGCCCACCACCGCCUCUUCCUCCUCCUCCUCCUCUUCUCGGCCCUCCUCGCCCCCCUCGCGUCCGCCUACCGCCCCGGCGACAUCGUCCCCAUGCUCCGCUCCGGCCAGUACCACGGCUCGAGGUCGGUGUGGUUCGAUGUGGUGGGACGCCACUGCCCGUCCUUCGCGGUCAACCAUGAGGUUAUGAUGCCGAUCCCCAAGCCGACUGGGUUCACCGGUGCAGAUCCUUACAAGAUAACAUUUCAAAUUGGUCACGAAAAGUUCCACCUUCCUUGGCUUUAUGUCAUAAAUCGCAAAAGCUCUGAAGUUCCAAUGAUUGAUUUCCAUUUGAAAUACUCUGGAAAUGAUUUACUUGGUGUCACAGCUAAAGUAGUGGACAUGCCUCACAUUUAUGUUGAACAUCAUCCUGACAUAAGGAAGAAUUUCUGGGAUCAACAGAAUUGGCCAAAAUAUGUUCUGGUCAGAUAUACAUGGGAGGAGCAAUCGGAGAUAGAUGUUCCUGGAGGUUUCUAUGUGUUGUUUGGAUCUGGGCUUGUUCUAUCCUUCAUCCUUGCAAUCUACGUCCUGCAAUCAUCUCAGGAAAAGUUGACAAGAUUUGUGCGAGAAGCAGUUAAUGACAGUAGUCUACCGGAAGGAGGGUUUGCAAAGGUUGAGUGAUCUUUCUACAAGGAGCUGGAAAAUUAUACACUAGUCUGUCCAUUGAUCAGAAAACUGUCAGUAGAUACCGAGUUGUCAGUCAAAUUUCAUGGGCGAGCUUUCAACUUCAAACAAGAGCCAGUGGAUUGUCUUGUAUAAAUACAUACAUUGCAAACGAUUUAGCUAUUAUGACAUGAAAAGAGGAAAGAGAAAUGGACAUUAGGUUUUCCCUUGGCAGAAUGGUAUUUUUAGCAAACUAUUGUCCGACUGUCACUAACUCACUUCAGUUGAUGUAUUGCGUGAUGAUUUUGUCUGAUGCAUUUUUUUUGUGUGUGUUUUUAUGCUUCUUGUGGAAAUCUUCAUCCUUGAAAAAACCAACAACUUCUCGGUUUUUCUAGGAUGGAGGAGGUAUGUAUUAAACUGCUAUGGCGCAUUGCUUUCUGCUUGUAAGAAUCACUAUGUCAAGUUAAUCAAGUUUGGUCA